UAGAGAUGACAAACAACAUAGUAUUAUUUUUUGUCUGUCUCUCUGGAGGAGUUAUUUGGGCGUGUACGUUCCAUCAUGACGUGAAGUAUGGAGGGAUAUUUGUUAACUGUUCCAACAACAACCUAUCCAAUAUACCAAAUGAUCUACCCCAAAAUACAACAUCGCUCAAUUUGAGUACCAAUCGCAUUGCCGUGUUGCACAUUCAACCCAACAGUUCCUUGAAUGCACUGAAAUACCUGGACGUCUCCAACAAUAAGUUAUCAAAGCUACAAAAUGGGACAUUUGAAAGCAUUAACAGCUUAGAGGAGCUAUUCUUGCAGAACAACAAUCUGACGCUCGAUUCCACCACCUACCCAGAUGAUGUCUUCCUUCCUCUACAGAAACUUCAGAAGCUCCAUCUGCACAACAAUGAUCGAAAGUCGGAGGGUAGCUAUCCAGAAACUGCUUUCGGUAAACUCAGGAGUGCUGUUGAAUUGAAAAUUGACACAUUUGAAACCUCCACCUUUGGAUCUGGAUUUGCCAAAAUGACCAAUCUCAAAAGGCUUCUUUUGGGGUUUAAUGGUUGCAAGAUUCAAAGAGUGUCGAACGAAACGUUCCAAUCUUUUAAACACAUCCCAAUUGAAGACCUUGAUCUUCGUAGUUGCCCAUUAGCAGCUUUAGAUAAAAUGUCAUUUGUCCAUUUGAAAAGCCUCAAGGAUUUGAAUCUUUCUCAUGGUAAAUUCGUGAGCCCAGUAGAAGCUGUUACAUCUAUGUAUGGUUUAAAUGGGCUAAACCUGACACGUAUUUUACUUGAUGAAAUUUACAACUUCCUUCUUUUUAGGUCUGGUACUGUUGAACAAAGAAUUCUUACAGGUGAAGUGCUAGAUAAUAUACAAGGUGUAUGCGUUGAGCAGUUUUCGAUGAAGAAAAACAAAAUAGCAUGGAUUAAUUCUUCUAUCCUAAAACCCAAUUCACGUUUUUCAAACUGCCUUGUACAUAUUGACCUGUCUGAUAAUGAUUUUCUGGGAGACAGGCGUAUUUUAUUCCAAUUUGUCUUUGCGCCUCAAUUAGUGUUUGUGAAUAUUUCAAAUCACUUGAGAAGAAACGAGUUCUUCUCAUCAAUGCCUCAACACAACUCCUUAUUGUCGGUACCAACAUUCAAGAUCCCGUUACCUCCAAAACUAAAGUACCUUUAUAUCCAUGGCACGCUGAGUGACAUAGGCUUCAUAAACAGUAACAUUGAAUUUAAAAAUGCUGUAUCGCUCCAAAGUUUGAACCUUGCAUUUAACGGAUGGUAUGCCUUCCAAUAUAAUAUAUAUGGUUUGGAGAAUCUCACUGAUUUAGACAUCUCUGGAAACUACUUUACCAACAUGAAUCCUGGUGUCUUGAAAACUUUCUCAGGCCUAAGAACUCUCACGAUGUCUCAAAUGGGCUUUAGCAAAUACUUUCUUCUUCAUCAGGGACGUCAGAUGUUUUUGCCAUUACGUAACUUGAAAAAUAUUAUCCUCAGUCACAAUGAUUUAGCAGUCAUGGAUCCUAAGAUAUUUUCUGGAAAUCAACUGACUAGUAUUGAUUUAUCCUUUAACCGUUUUGAAAGUAUUCCCUUUGACAUCACAACAACUCCGUCUCUGCAACGUCUUGACCUCAGUUACAACUCACUGCCUGUGUUAUCAGAGUUAGAGAGGACCCUGUUUGAUUCCCUAGCAGCAACAAAUAACUUCACGUUGAACCUUGACAACAACCUUCUGUCCUGCGGAUGUAAAAAUUUAGGCUUUGUGUUGUGGCUGUUCCACACAGAUGUGAAAGUUGAAAACAGAUAUUCUUAUACCUGUGUAUCUGAUAGUGGCCAUAUUACACCCCCAUCUUAUAUUUAUGAUCAUUAUGAUGAAAUAUGGAGAAAAUGUUCCGGACUGAUUUGGCUGUCACUAACUGUUUCUGCCUUUGCACUGAUUAUAUUAUUCAUGAUUCUAAUCUAUUUGAUAAACCAGAGAAAGACAUUACUUCUAAAUAUCAUUUACCGGAUGUUUGGGUUGGUAAAUGUUGCCAAACCGCCAAAGCGUACUGACUUUCCUAACGAUGCCUACAUCGGCUACAGUGACUGCGAUUAUCAGUACAUCUGUCACACUAUGAGAGAGCACCUGGAAGACAGACAUGGAGUCAAACUCUUCCUGAAGGACAGAGACACCAUCCCUGGAGGACAAAUAGCUGACGACAUCAUCAACGGAAUAGAUUCAAGUUGGAAAACGCUCCUAAUUCUAAGCAGAUCAUUUCUGGAAGACCAAUGGUGUAGCUUUACUGUUAAUCGUGUUGUGUAUUCCUCCUCUAUACUACCCGCAGGAAGUGUCGUUCUUGUGCUGUUUGAGGACGUGAGACAAGGGGACAUCUCCCCAGCCCUGCUGAAUGUUGUGGAUGAGAGAUACAUCUUCCAUGUAAAGAAGUUCAUGGGCGAUCAGCGAAGGCUUUGGAGAGACGUUAGUCAGUGUAUCAUGACUGAAUAGGAAAUAUAAAGAAAAUUGUUACUCGCUGAUCAGUGGAUAUGCUAUGUUUGUUGUACAUACAACC